AUGAUUCUCGGAACAGGUUGGGCAAGCUUCCGGGUUCUUGCCGACAUCGACACCAAGAAGACGGAUGUCACUGUCGUGUCACCUCGGAAUCAUUUGCUGUUCACGCCUAUGUUGGCCUCCUCCGCGCUGGGCACGGUGAAUCAAAGAUCGAUUUGCCAACCGGUGCGUCCAUUGGUGGCCAAAAAGAAUGCCACCUACUAUGAAAGCGCCGUCGUUGCCAUUGACAAAGAGAAUAAGAAAGUCACGUGCAGAACGGUCGCGGGCCAGGACUUCAUGCUGCCAUAUGACAAGCUGGUGGUCGGAGUUGGCUUUCAGCCCAACGACUUCAACAUCCCAGGCGUCAAAGAGCAUGCGCUCUUCAUGAAAGAAACCGCGGAUGCAACGCGUUUCAAAGAUCAUGUCUUGGAGAGGCUGGAGGAAGCGUCCUACACCCAUGCACUGGACAACGAUCUCAGGGUCAGUGAUGAGGAACGAGCACGGAUACAAGAUCUUCUGACGUUUGUCGUCGUAGGAGGUGGGCCGACAGGCGUGGAAUUGGCCGGAGAACUCACAGACUUCCUCUACAGCGAGGGUUCGAAACUCUAUGGCCACUUGAAGCACUACAUCCGCGUGCACAUGUUCACUUAUGACCUCCUAAACUCCUUCGACCAAGAAUUGCAGGACUAUGCCCUCACUCAUUUGCAGAGAAAGCAGGGGGUUCAAGUCCAUCUUGGGGCCUUCGUUCAGAAAGUGGAGCCCGGCGUAGUGCACGUCAAGACUGGAGAGAGCCUGAUGUCGAUUCGAUUCGGCACACUGGUGUGGUGUGCAGGCAUUAAGCCGCAUCCUUUCAUCAAGUCCUUCGGCUUUACAAUGAACGACAGGGGAUCUCAGAUCCUUGUAGACCCGUACUUGAAAGUGAAAGGCGAGGAGGACAUAUAUGCCAUCGGCGACUGUUCCACUAUAGAAGACUACUGGCUUCCGCAAACAGCGCAAGUUGCCAACCAGCAGGGGCAGUAUUUGGCCAAAGUGUUGGGCCAAAAGGACCAAGUCAACAUCAAGCCCUUUGAGUUUCACAACAAGGGAACGAUGGCCUACCUGGGUGGAUUCACUGCCGUGAUGGCCAAGCUUCCUGGUGUUAGCCGGGUGAGUGGGUUUGUCGCUUUCCUCGGCUGGCGGUUCACCUACUGGUUUCUCCAGCUAUCUAUGCGGAACCGUUACAUGUUGUCCACUGACUGGCUUCGAACGCUAAUUUUCGGCCGUGAUCUGACAAGAUUCGGGCCCCGAUCAAAGCCUACAUGA